AUGCCUCAUAUACUCGUAACCGGUGCUUCCGGCUUUCUAGGACAAGCAGUUGUGACGGCAAUACAAAACAUACAUCCGGACUGGACUCUGACAAACCUGGAUUUACGACCACCGCCACGUCCUCAACCUGGUGUGGAUUACAUACAAGCAGAUAUAACGCAAGCUUCUGAAGUGGAUGUUGCCAUUCGCAAAGCCAACCCUGAUGCGAUAGUCAAUGUAGCUGGUUGGGUACCUAAUGGCAGCCUACGCUACAGCAAUUCAAAGACUCUAAGGGACAAAGUUUUUGCCAUUAACCAUCUCGGAACUCUGAACGUCCUUUCUGCAGCUCAAAAGACGAAAUGCAAAGCAUUUGUGCACACGUCAAGCUGUACAGUGGUGUCAGAUGAUCUAGAUCAUGAUUAUCCGAAUAUGACUGAGGAUUUACCGAUCGGUCAUGCUACUCUGGCUUAUGGAGCGAGUAAAGCACCUGGUGAACUCGCCGUCCUCGCUGCAAAUACUACGGACUUUAAGGCGUGUGCUUUGCGCCCCGCAACCAUCAUCGGACCAGGAGACAGCUACGGAGUGAUCGCUACAAUUCACGCAUGUAUCGCUAAGGGCGAAACACCAUGGAUAAUAGGAACAGGCGAUAACAUGUACGACUUCGUGUACAUCACAAACGUUGCAGACGCCCACCUUCUCGCACUUGAAAACCUCCUCUCUACCAAACCUUUCCCUGAGCCUGCAGCUGGCCAUGCAAUGUUCGUAUCCAAUCAGCAACCUGUAUACUUCCGCGAUUUCAUGCUGGCUAUUUGGAAGCAUUUUGACCAUGUUCCGCCGUUUCAGUUUGUCGUGCCUACAUCUUUGGCCUGGGUUGCUGGUCUCAUGGCCGAAAUUGUAUCGUGGGCUUCUGGAGCAACAGCGAGUACAUUAAGUCGAGGAAGUGUCAAGGAUGCUGUAGGAACUAGAUAUGCCAGUAACGAAAAAGCGAGACGAUUGUUAGGCUACUACCCACGAGUUGAUUUUGUGGAUGCUGUCCGGUUGGCUUGCGAGGACUACAAAAGCAUCAUGGCAGAGAAGGGGAAGAUUGGUGGUCAUGGUGUCAAGGGUGGCUAG